AUGAACUUGAAAUGCUUUACACAACAGCCAAACACACGGGGAAAGAAGGCCAAGAGGAAAGCAAGGGGGAAACAAUGGAAAGAAGCUAGGCUCUUUGUUGCCCUCCAAAGAAGAGAACUUCGAACAGCAGGCAUAGUGAAGGGAUUUCAGAAGAAACGGAAAAAGGAGAGCGGAGUAGAUUAUAACGCAGAAAUUCCAUUGGCCAAAAAGCCUACUCCAGGUUUUUAUGACACGUCUGAAGAAAGUCAUCAGACACUUGGCGCUGACUUGGGCAAGUUACGACAAGCAGAUCUCCACGGGGAGCUGAGAUCCGAAAAGGAAAGGAGACAGAGGAAGAAAGACAAAGAACACUGGAAAAGGAAAAGGGAGUCGGAUUUGCCGUCAGCUCUUCUCCAGACCAGCGGAGUAGCAGCAUCGACCAAGAAGAGAAGCAAAUUAGCCCUUCUUGCACCUCAGAUAUCGAAGGCUGAACUUCAGCUAGUUGUCAAAGCUGCGCAGGCAAGUGAAAUGCCUCGUGAAACAGCCCAGGAAUCUGGCCCCGUGGAUUCUGCUUCCAGGACUCUUUUGUCGGAAUAUGAUGUCACCAACGAGAGGAGCGCUCUCAGGCCCCCCAGAACUCCGGCUGGCCCAGAUCGAAUCCUGCGGGAUGCCCAGAACUUGAUGGCUCUCACCAACGUGGACACCCCACUGAAAGGGGGUCUUAAUACACCACUGCAGGAGAGUGACUUCUCCGGAGUGACUCCGCACCGUCAGAUCCUGCAGAAGCCAAACACGGUCCUGUCUACGCCAUUCCGGACCCCUAACCGCGGAACCGAAGACUGGACUCCUCGCCGAGGCAUGACUCCUAAAGCGGCUCUCGGCAAUCCCUAGGGUAGGUCUCCUCUACGGGACAAACUGAGCAUCAAUCCGGAAGAGGGGUCGGCAGCUUACAAUGACCCCUCCUUUGUGAAGCAGGCAGAGAGAGAAUCUCGCGCACUUCUGCGUCUAGGCUUCAUGAGCCUUCCUGCUCCUCAAAAUGACUUUGAGAUUGUGCUACCAGAAAAGGCUGAGGAGCAGCCAGAAGGCUGUGAGGUCGCGGAGCCUUUUUGAGAAGAUACACCUGAUGCCGAGGCUCGAAAGCAGGCUCUCCCAGGAGCGGAGCCUGUCCAGGAAUUCAAGCCAAUGCACAAAGCUGUUCAGAAGGAUCUGCCCAGACCUUCAGACGUCAACGAAUCUCUCCUAAGACCCCUCGGUGUGGAACGACCACUAACAGAACUCGAGACAAGUGAAGAGCUCCGGAAAAGAGAGAUGAGCACGCUGCUUCAUUAUGAUCUUCGGCAUCAUCCUUACGGAGGACGAGCUGGAAACCGAAAGGGGAAAACGCUAGGAUGUGGAAGUCCUGGUCCUGAGCACAGAACUCCCCCAGAACACCAUGCCUAUGAGACCUUCUCCGAAGAGGAACUGAAGCAGGCGCACGACCUUUUGGCACGGGAGAUGGGAGUGGUCAAGCAAGGAAUGGGCCACGGCGAGCUGUCCCAUGAAGCUUGUGCCCAGGUGUGGCAAGAAGGUUACAGUCAAGUGUUAGAUCUUCCUGGGCAGAGCCAAUACACACGAGCCAACUUGGCGAGCACAAAGGACAGGAUUGAAUCGCCUGAAAAGAGACUUGAGAUCACUAGGGCUUACAUGACCACAGAAGCCAAGAGAGCUGCAAACCUGGAAAGGAAGAUGAAGAUUUUACUUGGUGGCUACCAGUCUCGAGCCAUGGGACUCAUCAAACAGUUGGAUGAUUUAUGGGACCAAAUCGAGCAGGCUCACUUGGAGCUUGGUACUUUGGAGGAGCUCAAGAAACGUGAGGAUUCAGCAAUUCCCAGGAGGUUGGAAGGUCUACGAGAAGAAGUCCAGCGGCAGCAGCAGAGAGAAAAGAAACUUCAGCAGAGAUAUGCAGAUUUGCGGCUGGACAGAGGCUUUACAGUCAAAAUACCUAAACAUCGUGUGCAUUUAGUUGCAGAAAGAGUCAGGGGCUGCUUCCCAUCCUCUGCAGGAAAGAAGCUGCUGUCUCUGGUCAUCAAAUCACGUGCUGCUCUUGGUGGAGCAAUUUGGAACUCUGCCCAAAGGGCUAUAGAAUUGUGA